GCGCACUGGCGCCGCGCCGGCCCCUUCCCCACGGCCGCGAGCUGGCCGCUCCCGCCGGCCCCCGCGCCGAGCCGGGCUGCCUCGCUCUCUCCCUCCCUCUUUCCUGUCGCCCCCCCACCCGGGACUGCGGCUUCCUGGUCGGCGCUUGCGCAGAGGACGCCGCGUUGAGGUGGCCGCCGAGGUGGCCGCCGGAGCCCCGAUGGACUAGAGCCGCAGGGAAAAUGGUGGAAAAUUCACCGUCGCCACUGCCAGAAAGAGCCAUCUAUGGUUUUGUUCUGUUCUUAAGCUCCCAGUUUGGCUUCAUACUUUAUCUCGUGUGGGCUUUUAUUCCUGAAUCUUGGCUAAACUCAUUAGGCCUGACCUAUUGGCCUCAAAAAUACUGGGCAGUUGCAUUACCUGUCUACCUCUUGAUUACCAUAGUCAUUGGUUAUGUACUCUUGUUUGGCAUUAACAUGAUGAGUACCUCUCCACUCAACUCCAUUCAUACAAUCACAGAUAACUAUGCUAAAAAUCAGCAGCAGAAGAAAUACCAAGCAGAGGCCAUCCCAGCACUGAGAGAUGUUCCUAUUAGUGAAGUAAACCGAAUGUUCUUUCUUUCAGCCAAAGAACCUUGCACUAAAAACUGAACCGAGUGUGGACAGAUGCACACCAAGCAAGUGCAUCAUAAGUUCCUAACAUAGUAAUUUUGACCAUACUUAUUUUGACUAUCUCUCGCCAAUACUUGUUAUUGAUAUAUAAAAAGAUGUAAGUUGAUCUUCUCUUAGAUUAAGCUCAAUUACUGCUGUAAGUGUUCUCAAUAUUAGUAAUUAAUGGAUAGAAUAAAUAAAACGCUACACUACCAUA